AUGUGUGAACAAGCCAAAGAACAAGAUGAGCUCCAUCUGGGAGUGUUGGUGUCAAUGGAUUGGUUCAAUCCCAACCAGUCUAGCAUUGCUGAAGCACACUCAACAGGCCCACUCUCUGUCUGCAUUGCAAACUUACCCCCAGAACUCUGA